CACGUCACUAAAGCUCGCAGGAUCAGGGUGCUUUGCGAGACGAGCGGCCGACAGAGCAGCUGAAGAAUUUAGUGUGAGAGUCGUCAGUCUAGCAGUUGGCAGCCGAUAGCCAGCUUCCAUUUACACAAAAGCAACUCCAGGGAUUGUCCUGCAAGCUACGGCCGGCAUGACGAGGUGAUUGCAACUAAUUAGUCACUGCAACUGGUCAUCAGCUUGGACUGGAUGCUGUGUAGGCAUAUGCGUUAUUGUUGUAACGUGCUCAGCAGUAGGAGGUGGAGAGGGUUUGCAGUCUCGUGCCACAGUCAGGUAUGGACACCUGGACACCGAAUCCUCGAGCAAAACCGUUCAUCCCUCGCCAGCAACGGAGCCUCUAUCUCACCUGGAAGUACAAAUUAACUAACAAGCGAGCUCUCCGUCGAGGCUGCCAGGCUGGAGCGGUUCUAUUUCUGCUGGUCACAGUCAUUGUAAAUAUCAAAUUAAUCUUAGACACAAGAAGAGUAGCCAAUGAGGAAGAGGCAGUGCAGGAGUAUGACGACGCCCUGCCCAACAUGGAGACCCCGCGCAAGACGGCGAGCGGUAGGAAGGUCCUGGAUAUUGAGGUGUACUCCAGCCGCUCCAAAGUCUAUGUGGCAGUGGACGGCACCACUGUGUUGGAGGAUGAAAUGCGGGAGCAGGGCCGAGGCAUUCACGUGAUAGUCCUCAACCAGGCUACAGGCCAUGUGAUGGCCAAGAGGAUAUUUGACACCUACUCUCCCCAUGAGGACGAGGCCAUGAUCCUCUUCCUCAACAUGGUGACGCGUGGCAGGGUCCUCAUUUUCACCAUCAAGGAUGAGGGGACGUUCCACCUGAAAGAGUCUGCUAAAAACCUGCUGAAGGGGCUUGGGAGCCAGGCGGGCCUCAACCUCAGCUGGAGAGACAUGUGGACUUUGGUGGUGAAGAAAGGAGGUCAGUUGUAUGGUGAGAAACACUCCAAGUCCCCAGCCCUGUCCACCUGGGGAGAUCCUGUUCUGCUGAAGACUGAGGUGCAGCUCACUGCUUCUGAAGAUGCAGAGUGCCAUUGGGCUGACACAGAGCUGAACAGGAGGAGAAAACUCUUCUGCAGUAAGGUGGAGGGCUACGGCAGCAUCUGUAGCUGCAAGGACCCGGCCCCCAUUGAGUUCAACCCAGACCCACUCCCCAACAACAAUGUGUUGAAGGUUCCUGUGGCGGUCAUCGCUGGGAACAGACCUAACUAUCUGUACAGGAUGCUGAGGUCUCUGCUCUCGGCCCAGGGGGUCAACCCACAGAUGGUCACAGUCUUCAUCGAUGGAUACUAUGAGGAGCCCAUGGAUGUGGUGGAGCUGUUUGGACUGAAGGGGGUUCAACACACUCCCAUCAGCAUCAAGAAUGCCAGAGUAUCACAGCACUACAAAGCCAGUCUCACUGCAACCUUCAACCUACACCCAGAUGCUGACUUUGCCAUAGUCCUGGAGGAAGACCUAGAUAUCUCCAUAGAUUUCUUCAGUUUCCUGAGCCAGACCGUCCAUCUGCUCAACGAGGACGACAGCUUAUACUGCAUCUCGGCCUGGAACGACCAGGGUUAUGAGCACACCGCAGAGGACCCAGCUCUCCUCUACAGAGUGGAGAGUAUGCCAGGCCUGGGCUGGGUGCUGAAGAAGAGUCUCUACAAAGACGAACUGGAGCCCAAGUGGCCCACGCCUGAGAAGCUGUGGGACUGGGACAUGUGGAUGCGUAUGCCAGAACAGAGGAAAGGCAGAGAGUGUAUCAUCCCUGACGUGUCCCGCUCCUACCACUUUGGCAUCAUCGGACUCAACAUGAACGGCUACUUCCACGAAGUGUAUUUCAAGAAGCACAGGCUCAACACGGUUCCUAAUGUCCAGCUGAAGAAUGUUGACGGCUUGAAGAAAGAUGCCUACGAGUUGGAGAUUCAGAACUUACUUAAGGAGGCUGAUGUACUGGACCACAGUAAGAACCCAUGUGAGGACUUGUUCAUCCCUGAUACAGAGGGGAAGACCUAUGUCAUGUACAUCAAGAUGGAGCUGGAGACUGACACAUCCACCUGGACUGAGCUUGCCAAGUGUCUCCAUGUGUGGGAUCUGGAUGUGAGAGGGUACCACAACGGCAUGUGGAGGCUCUUCAGGAAGAGGAACCAUGUCCUGGUUGUGGCCGUUCCUAUCUCGCCAUACUCUGUGAAGAAGCCAGUGAACGUUACACCCAUCCACCUAGAGCCUCCGCCCAAAGAAGAGGGAGCUCCCAUGGAGCAGCGUUAGCCCAACACCACCACACACCCUUUCACAAUGCGCUCGACUGGUGUUAUGGUCAUUCUUGCAGGGGCUUGGGGCGUCAGAGAGCCAUUUUCUUUACACUACAACACUCAGAGGGGGGGGUGUGGUGUAGAAGUGAUCCACACUGCCUACUGAGGUAGCUUGAGAAUCUUGAUUCCUGAGGUCAGAUUUGGCGCCAGAUCCGUUUCUUUACACUGUAAAAAUAGUCUCUUUUUGAAACCGGUUUCAAAAUAGUGUAAAAGGUGGAGUAGCCCAACACCCCCACACACACGCUCUCUAGCCUGGCCUUAACGCCUGCACCCUUACCCUACUACCAACACCACCCUCCUGGCCUUACCACAGACGGCAAGGCUUCUUGGAAGUGGUGUUUUUACGGUGGUGGUCAGACACUGACUGGACUGCACCACUGAUCAUCAUUGGUCUUUCACUGUGUGGAGGUUCACUAGAAGAAGGUUUUUGACGAAGUGGGAGAUUGACCGUAUUAGGCUGUGCCACAGGAUUCCGUCCAAAUGGUUACGUGUAUAUAGCUAUGCCCCAUACUGACACUCCACCUGUGUGGAGAGGAGAGGGGACAGAGGCUGGACCAGGAACGGAGUACAAAAGGGAUCUGUUGACAUUUACUGCAUCUUUGAUGCGUCUCCUUUACGACGGUUGGAUGAUGUGUGGAAGAAACAAACUGGAUGAAAAGGAGAGGGAGGAUAAUUGACACUCAAAUCUCACCCCCAGCUUUGUGGGGACACACCCGCAUAAAUAAGUGGCUUCCGAUGAAACUUGCCCAACCAGAAAAUAUUGUAUUUUUAUUUUAUUUCUAAGUGCUUUGUCAAUCCUUUAUACAUUUUAACUUAUGUUUAUUUAUUUCACUUGCCAGUAUAUCAACCAACAAGUCGUUGAAAUGUUUUAUUUUUAAUCUGAUUUUUAUUCAUAUCAAAUUUUUACUUUUUUCUUUUUUUUUACCUAACGUUUACAGAUCUGAUAUACUAAUGUACAGUUGAAGUCAGAAGUUUACAUACACCUUAGCCAAAUACAUUUAAACUCAGUUUUUCACAAUUCCUGACAUUUAAUCAGAGUAAAAAUUCCCUGUCGUUUCAGGUAGCCUUCCACAAGCUUCCCACAAUAAGUUGGGUGCAUUUUGACCCAUUCCUCCUGACCGAGCUGGUGUAACUGAGUCAGGUUUGUUGGCCUCCUUGCUCACACAUGCUUUUUCAGUUCUGCCCACAAAUCUUCUAUGGGAUAGAGGUCAGUGCUUUAUGAUGGCCACUCCAAUACCUUGACUUUGAUGUCCUUAAGCCAUUUCGCCAUAACUUUGGAAGUAUGCUUGGGGUCAUUGUCCAUUUGGAAGACCCAUUUGCGACCAAGCUUUAACUUCCUGACUGAUGUCUUGAGAUGUUGCUUCAAUAUAUCCACAAUUUUCCUACCUCAUGAUGAUCUAUUUUGUGAAGUGCACCAGUCCCUCCACACAACAUGAUGAUGCCACCACUGUGCUUCACGGUUGGGAUGGUGUUCUUCGGCUUGCAAGCCUCCCUCUUUGUCCUCCAAACAUAACGAUCAUCAGACCAGAGGACAUUUCUCCAAAAAGUACGAUCUUUGUCCCCAUGUGCCAUUGUAAACCGCAGUCUGGCUUUUUUUAUGGCGGUUUUGGAGCAGUGGCUUCUUCCUUCCUGAGCAGCCUUUCAAGUUAUGUCGAUAUAGGACUUGUUUUUCUGUGGAUAUAGAUACUUUUGUACCUGUUAACUCCAGCAUCUUCAUAAGGCCCUUUACUGUUGUUCUGGGAUUGAUUUGCACAUUUCGCACCAAAGUACAUUCAUCUCUAGGAGACAAAACGCGUCUCCUUCCUGAGCGGUAUGACGGCGUUGUGGCCCCAUGGUGUUUAUACUUGCGUACUAUUGUUUGUACAGAUGAACGUGGUACCUUCAGGCGUUUGGAAAUUGCUCCCAAGGAGGAACCGGACUUGUGGAGGUCUACAUGUAUUUUUCUGAGGUCUUUGCUGAUUUCUUUUGAUUUUCCCCUGAUGUCAAGCAAAGAGGCACUGAGUUUGAAGGUAUUUUUUUAAAAAAAAUGAAAAAAAAAUGUAUUUAACCUUUAUUUAACCAGGUAAGCAAGUUGAGAACAAGUUCUCAUUUACAAUUGCGACCUGGCCAAGAUAAAGCAAAGCAGUUCGACAGAUACAACGACACAGAGUUACACAUGGAGUAAAACAAACAGUCAAUAAUACAGUAGAAAAACAAGUCUAUAUACAAUGUGAGCAAAUUAGGUGAGAAGGGAGGUAAAGGCAAAAAAGGCCAUGGUGGCAAAGUAAAUACAAUAUAGCAAGUAAAACACUGGAAUGGUAGUUUUGCAAUGGAAGAAUGUGCAAAGUAGAAAUAAAAAUAAUGGGGUGCAAAGGAGAAAAAUAAAUAAAUUAAAUACAGUUGGGAAAGAGGUAGUUGUUUGGGCUAAAUUAUAGGUGGGCUAUGUACAGGUGCAGUAAUCUGUAAGAUGCUCUGACAGUUGGUGCUUAAAGCUAGUGAGGGAGAUAAGUGUUUCCAAUUUAAGAGAUUUUUGUAGUUCGUUCCAGUCAUUGGCAGCAGAGAACUGGAAGGAGAGGCGGCCAGGUAUGCCUUGAAAUACUUCCACAGGUACACCUCCACUUGACUCCAAUGAUGUCAAUUAUCCAAUCAGAAGCUUCUAAAGCCAUGAAAUCAUUUUCUGGAAUUUUCCAAGCUGUUUAAAGGCCCAGUCAACUUAGUGUUUGAACUUCUGAUCCACUGGAAUUGUGAUACAAUCUGAACGGUGGAAAUAAUCUGUCAACAAUUGUUGGAAAAAUGACUUGUCAUGCACAAAGUAGAUGUCCUAACCGACUUGCCAAAACUAUAGUUAACAAUACAUUUGUGAAGUGGUUAAAAAACAAGUUUUAAUGACUCCAAUCUAAGUGUAUGUAAACAUCUGACUUCAACUGUACAUGUAUAGAUACCUCUAUCUGAAUAAAAAGGCUCCGCUUAUUAAUUUGUUUCAUUAACCUGUGUUUUAAAGUGCUAGUCGUUGCAGAUUAGGCACAUGAGAUAUGGGCACCCUAUUUCCCCAUAUACUGCACUACUUUUGACCAGAGCCCUGUGGGCCCCGGACAGAAGUCGUACACUCUUUAGGGUGCCAUUUGCCACGUAAAGAACAGUGGUUAACAUCAACCCGUGAACACUAAAGUCUGUUGUCUGUCUGUUUCUGCACAUAUGAUGGUCUCUGCACAGUGUGGUUGAGAGACAUUUUAAGGUACUACUGGUGGAGGCUUUCUGAAGUACUAACACUUUUUAAAAAUGUUGGAUAUGUUAUCAAUAUCUACUGUAGGGUUGAAUGGUGAUUAAAUUGUUUGUAAAAGUAGGAAUAUUGUAUCAGUUUUUUUGCAGAGGUUUUUUGUGUGUGUGCUGCAGUGCAUUUCAUCAGUACCAUGCCAAUAUCCUGCAGCUAAAACAAUGGUUUUCAUUUCAGUCACAAUAACCACUUGUUAUUUUUGGUGUGUGUGUGUGUGUGUGUGUAUCGUUGUCUAGCUCUACAGUCCUCUAAUUUCAAAGAGAAAUCUAUUAUAUAAUGGAGGUUUGUCUGUUUGAUAAUUGUCCAUAAACAUUUUUUUUGCAGUUUGACUUACAUGUGAAGUAUUAGUCUCUCAAUGAAAUGAAUAAAUAUGUUUUUUAAA